CCAUUCCUGAAGUCGAAUGGCAAAGGCAGUCUUGUUAGUAUGAUAUUACGAAGUGCAAGUAUCAGCAGCACUGCGAUGCACUACAACUACGACGAUAGGUUGAACAGAAUGCAGAGACGUGCCUUGCGGUUUACAUGGCAUCGGCUCCAAACGAGAAAUGGAGGGAAACGAGUAGAAAACGUUCUUGAAGAGGUGUUCGAUCGCAUGGUACGAGCUUUGCCAUCAGCGAAAGAUAUGUUCACAACAAGAAUGUUUCUCUGUGCAAUGUCAAAAAAUGAAACAGCUUCGCUUAGAGAUCAUGCAAAGGUGAGUAACAGGCAUCACAAGGCAACAGCUUUCCAUCUUCUCUUCUUGUUUUUUCGAUCCGUUUUCCAAUUUGUGUGGAAGCGCCUUAUCACCAUCCGGUUAGACCAUCGCAAUGAUCAGAAGAAGGGCCAUUGCUCAUUCAUUGGAGGUGAUUUCGGAUCUUCCCCCUGA